AUGGCGUCGGGUGUUGGCGAGUCUAAUUCCGUCUACAACGUCAAGGGAAGACGAUGUCCUGCCGUUGCUAGAAGAAGACUCAUUACCGCGCAGAAGAAGAGCACGUCGAACUCUGUCCCGAUUAUCGCGCUGGCCGGUGCGUGCGCUGUUGGGGUUCUUGAUCAUGCUCACUGGAUACACGGCGACCACGCAGACACCCAGGACGACUUGCAUUGGCCCACCGAUAUCUCGCGCGACAUCGUCCCUGUGGGCUGCCACUCGCACAAUGACUACUGGCGGCCGGUGCCACUGUACUCGGCGCUGCAAGCCGGCUGCAUUGGCGUCGAGGCCGACGUCUGGCUCUUCGACGACGAGCUCUACGUCGGCCACACCGCGUCAUCUCUGACGCCGCAGCGCACUCUGCGGUCCAUGUACGUUGACCCGCUGGUAGUCAUACUCGAGCGCCAGAACCCCAUCACAAAAUUCCAGCUCACUAUCGCUCGUCCUCCGCGCGGUGUCUUCGACGCCGACCCUGGCCAGUCCCUCAUCCUCCUGGUCGAUUUCAAGACCGAUGGCGCCGCGACCUGGCCAGCCGUCAUCCAACAGCUGGCUCCGCUGCGAGACCGCGGCUAUCUGACCCAUUUCAAUGGCCGGGAUAUUGUCCCUGGCCCCGUCACCGUGGUUGGCACCGGAAACACACCAUUCGAUCUCGUCACGGCCAACUCCUCCUACCGAGAUAUUUUCUUCGAUGCCCCGCUCGAUAAGCUCGUCGACGAGGAGUCCUACACUCAAAACCCUGGCUCCGGACACUCCGAGUUGCAUUUCUCCCGCACAAAGCGAUCUAAUGGCCUUGGCCAAGGGUUGUCUGGUAUGCCGGUCACCAUCACGGCGGACACCUUCAACGUCACCAACAGCUUUUAUGCGUCCGUGUCAUUCAAGAAAGCUAUUGGUUUUCCCUGGCCGUUCCAUUUCACCCAACGCCAGAUUGAUCUCAUCCGCGCCCAGGUCCGUGUCGCCCAUCGCCAUGGUUUGAAAGUGCGGUACUGGUCGCUGCCUGGCUGGCCUCGGGGCCUGCGCAACCAUAUCUGGAGGGUGCUGGCGCAGGAAGGUGUAGAUAUUCUGAACGUUGAUGAUCUCGUCGGGGCAACUAAGGGCGACUGGAAGACGAGGAUCUUUGACUGGUGGAUUUGA